AUGUCCCAGCCACAUACACCUUUCGAUCCAUUCUUCGGAGCUGAUGGAGCGGAUGGAGCGGAUGGCAUGGAUGGUGUGGAUGGCCGUCCUUCUGAUUCUCAACCAACAGCAUGUCACGGUGAAUUCACCAAGGAACAGCAAGAGAAGUUCGGCAAGCGUGAACUGCAGGAGACGGACUGUUAUGACAAACUUGGAUUCACAUUUCCCAAGUGGAAAAAAUGGAGUAUCCUCUCCGUUAUCUUCAUCGUCCAGGUGUCCAUGAACUUCAAUGCCGGUUUCUACGCUAGUGGUGUCUCGCUGUUUGCAGACCAUUUUGGGAUCUCGGAGCAAGCGGCCAGAGUUGGGCAGAUGGAUUUCCUCAUUGCAUAUGGAUUUGGGAGUGAAUUCUGGGCGCCAUGGAGUGAGGAGUUUGGUCGGUGGCCGAUUAUGCAGCUGAGUUUGCUGCUUGUCAACAUAUGGCAGAUUCCGUGCGCGUUGGCGCCCAAUUUUGGCACCAUUGUGGUCUGCCGUAUCCUUGGUGGACUGUCGUCUGCUGGUGGUUCCGUCACGCUGGGCAUGGUGGCAGACAUGUGGGAAGCCGAUGAGCAGCAAUACGCUGUCGCGUUUAUUGUCUUUUCAUCAGUGGCCGGGUCAGUGGUCGCUCCUGUUGUGGGUGGCUUUGCAACAACAUUCCUGAACUGGCACUGGAACUUCUGGUUGCAGCUUAUUCUUGGUGGCUUUGUGCAGGCAGUCCACUUCUUUGUCCCGGAGACACGAUGCAGUAUCUUGGUUACUCGGGAGGCCAAAAGGCGACGGAAGAUGGGUGAUGAGGUGUACAGUGGUGACGAAAUCAAAGGAAAGCACAUUACUGCGAAGCAUCUGCUGAUGGUGUGGAGUCGUCCGUUUAUUAUGUUCAUUCGAGAGCCGAUUGUGCUAUGCUUGUCUAUGCUGAGCGGCUUCAGUGACUCUCUGAUCUUCACUUUCCUGCAAUCUUUUACGCCGGUUUUCAAGCAGUGGGGAUUUAGCACGAUCACUAUCGGAUUGUCUUUUCUUCCAUUGAUGGUCGGCUAUAUCAUCGCUUAUUUCUCGUUCUUCCCGUUUUUCCACAGACACUGCAGGGUCCGUGAACGAGACCCCGACGCCCUCCAGCCAGAAGCCCGGUUGUAUUGGUUGCUAUGGACUGCGCCGCUUUUAGUGGUCGGUUUGUUCGGUUUUGCAUGGACAAGUUUAGGACCCCCGCAUGUGCACUGGAUAGCACCGAUGAUCUUCGCAUCGCUCAUUGCAAUAGCCAAUUACGCCAUUUACAUGGCCACAAUCGACUACAUGGUUGCCGCUUACGGACCGUACGCAGCCUCCGCAACAGGCGGUAAUGCCCUAGCCAGAGAUUUCCUCGCUGGUAUUGCUGCCAUGUAUUCAACGCCAAUGUACGAAAACAUGGGCCACUCGAAUCCCCUGGAAUGGGCCUCCACACUACUAGGUUUCCUCGCCAUCUUCUUCAUCAUCCCUAUCUACGUUUUCUACUGGAAUGGGCCGAAAAUCCGCGAGAAAUCGAAAUUUGCACAGGUCCUUGCUAGUGAUCGGAAGAAAGCACAGCGGAGGGUUUCGCAGUGUGGCUCUGGGGAGCCGGGUCCGGAGGAGCAUUACUUUUCUGGUUCGGGGGCUGUUUGA